GCCGUGGUCUGAGGAGGCGCGGUGGGAGGCUGGGCCGAGCCCAGAGGCCCCCGCGCCCGCAGCGCCAUGGCCGCGUACAAGCCUGUGGUAGUGCAGGCGUGCCCCAAGCUCGGCGAGAAGAUCACACAGGACACGCUGUACUGGCGAGGGUACAAGACGCCCGUUCAGAUAAAGGAGUUCGGUGCAGUAAAUAAAAUUGACUUCUCCCCAGUCCCGCCGUACAACUACGCUGUCACAGCCUCCUCGAGGAUACACAUUUACGGCCGUUACUCCCAGGAGCCCAUCAAAACGUUCUCCCGCUUCCGAGACUCUGCGUACGGUGCCACGUACAGGGAUGAUGGACAGCUGCUGGUGGCGGGCAGCGAGGACAGCAGCAUCCGCCUCUUCGACGUCAGCGGGAGAGCACCACUGAGGCAGUUCGAUGGGCACACCAAACCGGUUCAUCUAGUGGGUUUCCUGUCUGAUAAAUACAGAAUAUUUUCUGGUGGUGAUGAUUAUUCAACAAAUUUGUGGGAUAUUCCAAGUGCCACAGAAAUUGUCUCAUAUACUGAACAUACUGACUACGUGAGAUGCGGCUGUGCAAGUAAAGUGAAUGCGGAUGUCUUUAUAACAGGUUCCUAUGAUCACACUGUGAAACUGUUUGAUGCACGAACAAAAAGUAGUGUCAUGACAAUAGAACAUGGUCAUCCUGUGGAGAGCGUGCUUCUGUUCCCUUCUGGUGGACUUCUAGUAUCUGCAGGAGGUCGAUAUGUCAAAGUUUGGGAUGUACUAAAAGGUGGACAGUUACUGGUUUCACUUAAAAAUCACCACAAAACUGUAACUUGUUUAUGCUUGAACAGCUCUGGACAAAGGUUAUUGUCAGGAUCCCUGGACAGGCAUGUGAAGAUUUACAGUACUACAUCCUACAAAGUAGUCCACAGCUUUAAUUAUGCAACAUCCAUCCUCAGUCUUGCGUUGUCGCCUGAAGAUGAAACUAUAGUUGUAGGCAUGACCAACGGGGUGCUAAAUGUUAAACACAGGAGACCUGAAGAAAGGAAUGAAAAGUCUCAAAAGAAGAGACAACUAGGAUAUAGAACCUACGUGAAAGGAAGAACUUAUAUGCCAAAACAGGAAGACUUCUGUGUCAGUAAACCUGUAAAACGUGUUUUGAGGAAAUACGACAAGCUGCUGAAGAGCUUUGAGUCUUCCAAGGCUCUUGAUGCAGUCCUGGAGCCACCCAUCAUGCUUCAUACUCCUGAAGUUACAGUUGCAGUCAUGCAGGAACUACAUCGCAGAGGAACACUGAGGAGUGCGCUUGCAGGCCGAGAUGAGAAGCAAGUUAAUCUUCUCCUUACCUUUGUGGCAAGGCGUGUGAUUGAGCCAAGAUUUACUCCUGUGCUGGUGACUGUUGCAGAUAUGAUCACUGAUAUUUAUCAGCCUGUGGUUGGGCAGUCAGCGAUUGUUGAUAAACAGUUCUUGAAACUUCAGGAAGCUAUAGGAAAGGAGAUUGAUUAUCAAGAGGAACUACUAGAAGUCUUGGGAAUGAUGGAUACACUGUUUGCUACUUUUACUGAGAAAAGAGAUGCAUACCUAGAAGAGAACGAAAGGAGUGGUCUUACAGAGACCAUUGAAACAAAUAGGAAUGACUGACAGCCAUCACAGCAAAUUGUCACAAAAAUAUUGUGGAGUUGGAAUAUAUGAUCUGUUCUCCUUGUAACUUCUUAUAAUAGUGACUGUCAAAAUAAGCCUUUCUGUGUUGAAGAUCUGUCUUCCAAACUGUGUUGCUGAAUAGGCUUAAUUACUAAAGACAGAGAAAGAAGGAAGUUUUCAAGAUUUUUCUUGCAAUAUUUUUGAAUGAUUGAAUUUUUUAAAGUUUUAUUCUGAAGUUAUGUAACUUUUUCAAGGUGUGUGUUGUUAUUAUUUGAUUUUAUUUACCAGAAAAUAAUUGAGAUUUGUCUAAUUUUAAUGUGUCAUUGUCCUUAUUUAAGGUUAGUAUCCUGUCUCACAUCCUUGGAAAUAGGAACAAAAUGGCAUAUACAUU